UUCCAAAGUAGCCAGCAAUUUAAUUUGAAUAGAAGCUUCCACGACUUCUAAUUAAAGUCGUCACCGCAAAUGCAAACAUUUACGUCAGUCAACACCAAAAAUCUGUCAAACAAGAAAAAUAUUUAAUUGGCACCUAAGAUAUAUCUACUUUAUUUUCAAUCUAUAAAAAAACACCAAAAAACAACACUACCAUAACAAAAUCCUCAAUAUAAUUGAAAGUUACAAAAAUAUGUCAGGAGUGAAAUUGCUUGGUAUCAACGGGAGUCCAGCUAGUAGAAGAGUUGAAUGGGCUUUGAAAAUUAAGGGAGUUGAAUAUGAAUUUAUAGAAGAAGAUUUACAGAAUAAGAGCCAAUUACUUCUUGAAUCGAAUCCAGUUUACAAGAAAAUUCCAGUGUUGUUGCAUAAUGGCAAGCCAAUUGCUGAGUCACUUGUUAUUAUUGAGUAUAUUGAUGAGGUAUUUGAAGGGCCUUGUAUAUUACCUAAAGAUCCUUAUGAUAGAGCAAUUGCUCGUUUUUGGGCGAAGUUCCUCGAUGAGAAGUGCUUACCAGCAGUGUGGAAAGCAUUAUGGAGCCAAGGAGAAGAACAGGAGGAAGAUAAAAAGGAAGCUUAUGAAGUCCUUAAAGUUCUUGACAACGAACUCAAGGACAAGAAGUUCUUUGGUGGAGACGGCAUCGGAUUUGUUGACAUAGCAGCCAAUUUUGUCGGAUUUUGGAUAGGAAUUGUUGAAGAAGCCACUGGAGUUGUGCUGGUGACUAGUGAAAAAUUUCCAAAUUUUUGUGCGUGGAGAAAUAAGUACCUUAAUUGCGACCAAGUUAAGGAAAAUAUGCCUUCCCGAGAAAUGCUGCUUGGUUAUUUCAAGUCUCGGGUUCAAGCUGUUGCGAAUGGUCCUAAAUGAGCAUCUAAAUCCAAUUUCCUAUGGAUUUAAUUUUAAAAGUUGUCACUAGAGAAAUAUAUCUACCUAGCUUUCUAGGAAUAAGACUUGUCAGAAGAAAAAUAAAGCUUUCUAAAGUUAGGUGAUGUAUAGUUAUUAUUCGGAAGACUUUGUGUGGUUAUGGACUUGUAGUUUACUUAUUGUUGUUUGAGAUUUAAUCUGGGAGCAAUUUGCAUAAGUUAAACAAAAGAAUAAGGAAGAAUUAUAUGGAGGCUUUUUUUUUUUUUUUGUU